AUGGCGAACUCGCCCCCCAUCACCGGAGACACCGCCACCGCCACAGCCGCUGCCGCCGCCGAGGCCCUUCCGGCGGAGCACUGGCUAUCCCAGGCCAACCGCCUCCUCCCCAUAGCAUUAGAGAGAACAAGAGCCACCAAGGGCUUCACUGGACGGUGGAGGACCAUCCUCUCCAUGCUGGAGCGUCUCCCUCCAUGCCUCUCCAGGCUCUCCACCCACCCUUGUUUCUCGAAGAACGUCCUCUGCAGAGAACAGCUGCAGUCGGUCUGCAAAACUCUGACGGAGCUGAUCGAGCUGGCGAGCUCGGGGAAUCCCCCGGCCAUCGGCAAGCUGCAGAUGCAGAGCGACCUCGACUCCCUCGCCUGCAAGUUGGACAUGUCCUUGAGGGACUGCGGCCUUCUGAUCAAGACGGAGGUCCUCGGAGAAGUCACCCUCCCGCCGCCGGAGCCAGAGGCGGCGGUGGCGCCCGGUCAGCCAGGCGCGCGGGAGCUCCUUGCCAGGCUCCAAAUUGGGCACGCCGAAGCUAAGCAGCGGGCACUGGACGGGCUCUUGGAGACGAUGAAGGAGGACCAAAUGAGCGUAAUCUCCGUCCUCAGCCGGAGAGGUAUCUCCGCCCUGGUACAGUUCCUCGCCGCCACCUCCCCCAAGGUCCGGGAGAAGGCGGCCACUGCAAUCUGCUCCCUCGCGGAGUCGGUCUCCUGCGAGAACCUGUUACUUUCAGAAGGCGCUCUCCCGCCGCUGAUCAGGCUGGCGGAGACGGGAACCCGAGUGAGCAAGGAGAAGGCGGUGCUCUCCCUCCAGCGGCUCUCCAUGUCUGCCGACGCUGCUCGAGCCAUCGCCGCUGCCGCCGGUAUCCGCCCCCUAAUCGAGACCUUCCGCUCCGGCGAGCCCCACCUGCAGGCGCCGGCGGCGGCAGCGCUGAAGAACCUUUCGGCGAUCCCGGAAAUCCGGCAGAACCUAGCGGACGAAGGGACGAUAACGAUGAUGAUCGACCUACUCGACGGCGCCUACCACGCCAGCGGCUCGAAGGAGCACGCCGCCGAAUGCCUGCAGAAUCUCACCGCCGGCAACGACAGCCUCCGGCGAGCCGUCGUCUCCGAGGGCGGACUGAAGAGCCUCCUCGCCUACCUUGACGGCCCGUCGCCGCCGCAGGAACCCGCCGCAGCCGCCGUAAGGAACCUCGUAGGCUGCGUCGCCACCGGGGACCUCCUCUCCAUGGGCCUUCUUCCCCGACUGGUCCACGUCCUCAAGGCCGGCUCCGCCGGCGCUCAGCAGGCGUCCGCCGCCACCGUCUGCAAGAUCUGCGCCCGCAUCGAGAUGAAGAAGCUUGCCGGAGAACACGGGUUCCUGCCGCCGCUGAUCGCCAUGCUCGCCGCCAAAACCAGCGGCGCGAGGGAGUCCGCCGCGCAGGCGCUCUGCUGCCUGAUGAUCUGCCCCCAUAACGCCGGCGAGGUCAAGAAGGACCCCCACAGCGUGCCGAACCUGGUCCACCUCCUCGACCCGAGCGCCUGCAACUCCGCCAAGAAGUACGCCGUCGGCUGCCUGCUGGUUCUCUCUCCCAGCAAGAGGUGCAAGAAGCUGAUGAUCUCCUACGGCGCCAUCGGGUACCUCAAGAAGCUCUGCGACAUGGACGUCCCCGGAUCCAAGAAGCUCCUCGACCGCCUGCAGAGGGGCAAGCUCCGGAACCUUCUCUUCUCUAGAGGUUAG